CUCAAGAAUGCAGGCGGCAUCCAAGGCUCGGGGCAAGAAGCGGGCCAAGAAGGGUAGGGGGUCCCGUAAGGGGAAGGAGAAAGUGGCCUACGAUGAGGAGGAGGAGGAGGAGGAGGAGGAGGAGGAGGAGGAGGAGGAGGAGGAGGAGGAGGAGGAGGAGGAGGAGGAGGAGGAGGAGGAGGAGGAGGAGGAGGAGGAGGAGGAGGAGGAGGAUGAGGAAGAGGAGGAGGAUGAGGAGGUCGAGGAGGAGGGCGAGGACGAGGAGGAGGGCGAGGGCAGUGGAUCAAAGGAGCCUCGCAAGAGGGCCAAGGGGAGCAACCCCUGGGAUUGCAGCGAUGGCCGGGUCGGGUAGUGCUCGAGCUCUGCAAUACCU